AUGACCACAACUCGUAGCUACCGUUGUGCAGUUGCCUGUCAGGCUUGCCGUCAACGCAAGGUUCGAUGCAGCUUGGCAGUCACGGGUAAGCCUUGCAUUGGCUGUACCCAAGAUAGGGCUGAGUGCAUUGUGGUCCCAAAGCAACGAAAGAAAAUCAAAAAGUCACGCCAACCAGUCAUUUCCCACCAUGAUCCAGGUCCUAUGCAAGAUUCUUACUCUAUAGAUCAUCUUCCCUCUGAUCAUGUGUCGAACCCUGUUAUAGAACCCUCCACCUUUCAAAAUGGACCCGGAGAAGCAGAUCCAAUUCGUAGACAGACUUAUUCGAUUCUUGCGGGUGACUCUGGCGAAGGCGAGAUGCGCAAUGGAAUUGAUGUUGGAGCUCCACUAUUGGAAAAAUCUCAAGAUAUCGGAAUUACACCCAUCUGUGCUGCGGAUGAGGGUGAUAUCGAGAAUGAAGAGAGGAGAGGGUUCGAGAUUGCGACAGCAGCAUUGGGACAAUCUCGAAGAAACGGUCAGGUACCUUUCUACUCUGGAGGCCAGACCGGGCCGACAUAUGCCUUGGAUAUCUGUUCACCAGAGAAAUCGUUGCCAAGGCACUUUCUUAUUCCAUCCCACUCCUGUUCCACUCUCUCAGAUGCGGACCGAAGUUAUCUUCAGGCAAAAGGAGUGCUUACGCUUCCCAGCGCAAAGAGUUGUGAAAGCCUCCUUCGAGCAUACCUCCAUCACGUUCAUCCAAUUAUGCCAGUCAUUGAAGUCGAUCGCAUCUUAGAAUAUCAGCACAACGGGCGACUUCACGAGUACAACACCCUCCUUCUCUGGAGUAUCUUUUUAGCUGCAGUCAAUUUUAUCUCUCCCGAAGUGUAUGAGCAAGAGGGUUACAAAUCUCGAAAGGAAAUGAAAGCUACAAUGUAUUCACGUGCAAAAGGAAUGGACAAGGUUGUGCUUAUUCAGUCUUCUCUACUGAUGGGGUUCUGGAUUUCAAAACAUGAUGAGUAUUUGCAACCGUGGUACUGGACAGGAACCGCAAUCAACCUUUGCCAGAUGCUAGGACUGCAUCGUAAUCCAGACUCCUCGAAGCCUAAUUGUGCCGUCACUGAUCGCCAACGGUGCCUGUGGCGGCGGCUUUGGUGGACCUCGUUUUAUCGAGAUCGCUGGCUUGGGAUGAGUUUUGGAAGACCAUUACGAAUUAACCUUAUUGACUGUGACAUGCCUAUGCCAACGGCCACCGACCUACUUAUUGACGUGGUAGGGUUACAUGAAAAGACAUCCCAUGGCUUUCUUCCAAGUGAUUUGUCUAAGCUUGCCUCCUACUGGGUGACAUUGAUCGAAUUGAGCAAGCAAUUAGGCGCAGUCAUUGCUAUGAACUAUCAGUCACAAAGAUCAAAGCCUACAAUCCAACAGUUUGAGCAUCUUGAAUCAGAGAUUCUCCAGUGCGCACUACCAAGUCAAUACGAGUCUGGCCUGGCUAACCCGGCGCGAUUUCAUCUAUUCCAUGUUCAUUUGCAUUAUCAAGCGCUUCUCAUCUGCUUGUAUCGACCUUAUGGAUCUGAAACUCCGAUUGAUCUCGAUACUGCUGAACAAGACGACUGGCAGCAUCGGAUGUGCCUAAAGGCUGGUGAUGCUGCGUCCAAGACCAACGAUAUUUUUCAUUCUCUCGUGGAAGAUGGUCUCCUAGUAUUCGCUGGGCCUAUGACGCCUUCGCUCUUAGUCCCAGCAAUGCAAACGCAUUUACUUUUUUAUAAGUCCCCCGACUCCCUGACAAAACGUCUCAGGCUUCAUAAACUUGAGAUGUGCAUGCUCAUUAUGGAAGAACUCCAAAAAAUAUACAAUGUCGCUUCCAUUUAUCGAGGAAUCUUCUUUAAGGCCAUGCAGCAGAUAUGCCCCUCAUAUCGAACCGGAAUGUCUUCUUCCGACCAGGCAAUUAUCUCAGUUCCAACAAAACUUCUGGGUAGCGUCAGCGCCUUUGCCAAUAUCACAGAACAAGAGACCGACUCGCUUGGAGAAUUCAUGGGCUCAUUGCUCGAUGAGACCUCAAUAUUUAAGUUUUGGGAGACGUGGAAUUCAAUGUGA